GGACAUACUUGGUCGUUCUCUCCUUCACUAAACCACUUCUGUUCAUAAUGGAUACUGUACAUAAUGCCAAAGAAGCUCAUCUGUCUUGGUUACCUUCUACAACUGGAUCACCUCCACCACCAAAUGCACUUCAAGUAGAUUCUGGCAUUUGUGUGAUUCGUGGCAAAAAGGGUGAACAUUUAAUACCAGGUAAAAUGCUUCUCAGAACUGGUACAGCUUCUAUACUUUACGAAGGAAAAGAAAUUCCACUUUCCGAAUUUGAAAUUCUGUGCAACACGAACGUAUUUUCAAAUCAAACUUUACACCAGUGGGUUCCAGCAUCUUCCGGUAGAGUUCCAGCUGGUGCAUUGCUUGCUGGUAUAACUAACACAAGUGAACCUUUAUAUAUUGCUCGUGCUAUGGUACAAGAUGAAUUGUGUAUUGGUAAAGUUAACUGUUCACAAAAAUUUGCACUUCUUCCUUACAAGGGUAAAGAAAACAAAGUGAAACAUUAUGAUGUACUAUGUUUUAUAGAACAGAAAGAUUAAGAUUUGCUACUUCCACAUUUCAAGCAAUGUAAUGUGAACUGUACUUAAACGAACAUAUAUUUGCUAUAUAUUAAUAAUAAUGAAAGCAAC